AUUUUGUUUCACAUAAGUUCACGACUGUGUUGUAGCAAGUUUAAAUAUUUCCAAUUCCAAACGAUUCCGAUUUUUUUUGGAACUUUGUUCAGUAGUGAUUUUUAUUCUACUUCCGAAAGUGAGCCAGGAUGAAGCCGAAAGAUUUGGAUUUUUCUCAGGAGGAAAAGAGCAGCGACUCAAGCAACGAGUCACUGCACCCAACAUCCUCCGGGUUUAGGCCACGUUCCACGUUAAGCUCGCCAUUUUACCAGGGAGCCACUACCUUUGGCGUCAACAAAACUGGAGAAACUGCAACUUAUUCGGAGUCUACAGAGUCGAAACGCCGUCGUGUGUACGCUUUUCUAAAUCAGAAAGAAAUAAUGUACAGAAAAUAUCGGAAAAUGGUCAAUAAUUCAGAAAAGGAGCUGGAGAAAUCGCAAUGGUCAUUUGAGAAGCCAGUAAUGCGAACAUUCUUUUUCUCGGAGCCAAUUCCGCUAAAACCAGUUAACUCCAGGCGCAACUUCGUAUUUUCCGAACCAACUCCUUUGGAAUAGGAUAUUUGGUUGAAAGCUAUUAAGGAAUCUACAGAAUUUAUAUUAAUAUUUGCAAUGUUUCUUUGUACAGAAAUUAAAAUUUAUUAGUAGUACUA